UACCUGCGCCGUCAACCUCCCGCUGCCCCGGGGGUCUCGCAGGUGGCUCAGCCGCCAGGGCCUCGGUCCAAUUAGCCACCGGUGCGCGCCCCCGCCCUUCCUCCGCCACUUAAAGCGCGGCGGGCCCGCUGCUGAGUAGAUCUUCCCGCGGAGGGGGACGGUCGUGGCACGAGCGCUUUCUCGGCGGUUUUUUUGGGGCUUCUUGUUUUUUCUCGCGGUGAAGUUGGGGCAGCUUUGCUUUUGGCCUCCAUCGUUGCUGGAGUAGCCGGCCCUUCCGCAGAGCCGCUCCGGCCCGCUGGAAGCUUCCUCAGGCGGUGCAGCCCGCGGGGUGUGGAUCCGGGCCGAGCCAGGGGAGCGCGGCGGGGGCACCAUGCCUGCUGCCUUCUCCGGCCGGCGCCUGGGGCGCUUGCUGCCUCUGCUGCUCUGCAUCAGCCUCUUGGAAGGGAGCCCUGCAGGUCCAGCUAUGACAACGCAAGAUUCCAGUCAGACUCAGGUGAAUUCUGUGACUAAGGUGAAAGCUGGACUUAAUGAAUCAUCUGGUCCAGAUGUUGCCACAGAAGAGCUCAAGCCAGCAGGCAAGGAGAUCUCAUAUGAUGUCUUGGAGUAUGAGAUAGUCCUACCUGGUGUGUCUGGUACUGCACUGCAAAAAAUUGUCUCUGUGGGCAGUCCGACUAAAGUUGAACUUACAUGCAAAUUAGAGGAGCAUUCUGAUUUGAAAAAUCCUCAGGUGACUUGGAAAAGGAGAAAUGAAACAAUCAGUCACACCAGUAAAACUCAGAACAGCUGGACCAUCCAAUUGACAGUAUCAGAAAGCAGUCACCUGGGAAGUUACAGCUGUGUUCUGAAAGGUGAAGUAGAAGUCAGUGCUACAUUUCAUUUGCAAGUACCAAAGAUUGAAGGAAAAGAAAAGACUCUCAUCACUUAUGAAAGAGAUCUAGCUGUAAUGAUUUGUAAAACUGAGUAUGCUCCCAUGGCUUGGACCUGGUAUAUGACCAAUGGAACUGAGCUGGUUGCCAUUAAUCCAUCUUCUGAUACGAACAAGUUUCAAAUUAAGAUACAAUCUGCCAAUGUAAACCGUCUGGAGAUACUCAAGCUCACCAAGGAAGAUAGUGGUAUAUAUUGGUGUGAAGCUGCUUUUAGAUUAGGGAGCAGUAAAAAGAGGUUUGAAGUUAAAGUUCUGUCCAUCAUGGCACCUCUCAAACCCUUUAUAGCAGUUGUGGUCGAAGUUGUUAUUCUUGUAACUACUAUUGCCCUCUACGAGGUGUAUUCGAAAAGGAAAGGAGAUGAAGGUGAAAGAGAAUUUGACCAAAUUGAGCAACUUAAAUCAGAAGACGACAUUGCUGGGGAACGAAAGUAGUUCUAGGCAAAGAAGAAGUUAAUCUGGUUCCUUGAAAGGAGAUUUAAGCCAAUGGAAGUGGAAAUCAUCACAAAGCUACAGAAGAUGUAUGCAGCUAUGCAUGUUAAACAUUCACUGUUUUGAAGUAAAGUCCUCUACAUUUGAGAAUUAAGAUGCUUUUAAAAUAACUCUGAAGCUACUCAUUUUAUACAGAUGAUAUGAUAUACUGCAUUUAGACCUUUAUCUGUCACGUUGUUGUUUUACUAGUAGUAGAUGUUUUUUUACAUGAUUAGCCUUACUGUUGGCUUAUGAUUGGUCUGUUUGAUUUUUAUCUCCUAAACUGUAACUAGUGUUGUAUUCACUGAAUAAGUGGUUAAUAUAGAGUGGACGUAUUAUCUGAGUGUUGCAAAAGUGGACAUGUAAGAUCAAAAAAGUAUUUCCACCAAAGAAAAUGCCUUUUACCAGCUGAUGAAACAAAUGCAAUGCAGCUGUUUUUACCAAAGAAAUGGUGAAAGGGGAAUCUUUAUCCGGACUGAAAUGAAGUAUUAAGAGUUGCAAUUUACUCUGAAUAGUAAAAUGUCUUCAUUCUAACUUUUCUUAGCUUUAUUCUGAGUUCUACUGUACUAUAGUCCUUAGUAGGCUAAACACUUAAAUACCGUACAGCUCAGAUAUUUCAGAGUAGAUGAAAGAAGUAAUGGAGGUACAGUACCUUCUCAGACUAUAAAUGCAAUAAUUUCUUAUGCUUAAACAAAUUACUGCACUCUCUGGGGCUGGCAAAACCAGUUUGGUUAUUAUAAUUUAUACAGAAUGCUGAAUUUUUGGGAAUAUACCUAUAUAUGCUUCUGAUCAUACAUACUGUCUAGUUGGUACUUCUACUUCUUUCAGCAAACUUGUUUCUUAAACUCCUUGCAAAGCACAGAAUGGGUCUUGAGCAGCAAAAUUUUUCAGGAUAAUAGGAUAAAGCAAUAUGAAUAGCACUACUUCUCUUACACAAAAAUUGUAACACUGCUGUUACUGACUUAAGGUACUGCUUUAGAAGAGAGAGUUGCCAUAAUACCAUUUAGUUACAUUAUGCAUUCAGCAACUGAAAAAUGUUCAGCUAAUAAGAAAACAGUUGGUUGCAUCCCUUGCCUGUGUUUGAAAUAAUUAAAACUUUAAUUUUGAGAGGAAGAAGUAAAAACUUCAGAAAAAUGUCUUUUCAUAAAAAUGUAAGGAAAAAGGCAGUGUUUGCAGACUCCAUAGGAAGUGAAA